ACAUCCCUGGGAUACAGUGAUCAAAGCUGCUAUGAGAAAGUACCCCAACCCAAUGAAUCCCUGUGUGGUAGGGGUAGAUGUCCUUGACAGAAGCCUUGAUAACCAGGGGAGGUUGCAUAGUCACCGUCUUCUCAGCACAGAGUGGGGAUUGCCGAGUAUUGUAAAAGCGAUUUUAGGAACAAGUAGAACGCUGACUUACAUUGAGGAACAUUCUGUGGUAGAUCCAGUGGAAAAAAAGAUGGAGCUUUGCUCAACUAAUAUUACUCUCACAAACUUGGUGUCAGUUGAUGAGAGACUAGUUUACAUGCCUCAUCCUGAAAACCCUGAAAAAACUGUGCUAACUCAAGAAGCAAUUAUUACUGUUAAAGGCAUUAGCUUGAGCAGUUAUCUGGAAAGCUUAAUGGCAAACACAAUAUCUUCUAAUGCCAGAAAGGGUCGGGAUGCCCUGGAGUGGGUGAUCAGCAAACUAAACACAGAAUUGGAGGAGCUGAAGUCAACGCGUGAGGGCAUGAAACCAGCCAUGGCAGCAGCGUCAACAGAAAAAUAAAACAAAAAAUACCAAGUAACUGACAGAAAAGUUUUAUUCUGCAGACUUCUUUGUCGUUCUCCCUUCCAAGGCUGAUCUGCAUAGGGUUUAUAUAUUUAUAAGAAUACUGGAUCAGCGGAAAAGUAACCUCAUCCAUCAUCUGCACAGCAGCUCCUGUUGCCUACUGAAGAUUAAAUUGACCUCCUGCAGAUGCUCUUUGCAUUUUAACAAUUUAUUUUUAACACUGGAAACAAAACAUUUAGCAGAUUUAAAACUGCCUAAAUGUGCCUUUUGUAAACGAAAAGAGAGGAUAUUACAUUUACACCAUCUCAGUUUUUCAUACUCAAACUUGAAAAAAAUGCAUGUGUGGUAUUAAGGUUUUUCCAUGUGAACAUUUGUUC